AUGUCCACGAGUUCCGCACCCAUUAGGCUUCGUUCGCAAAAAGGGCUCCUUACCCGUUAUUGCAACAACUUGAAUGAACUAAUUACUAGGUGCGAGGGGGAUAACGCAUUGAAAAUGCUUUCUUCGAGUUCCAAUAGUGACGAUUUUGAGCGCAUAGCAUCAAUUGUGUAUGAGCUUCAAGCCACAACGCGAUUACUUAGCGACCACCUAGCGACAUUUGUGAGUACGAUCGAUACAUUGUUUGAUUCGCUCACCAAGGAACAACAGGAUCAGACCCUAGAGUACAUAGAAAACGCACAUAUCGCUAUUGAUCGCGCUGAUCGAUUGGCUAUUGAACUUGAAGCGAAACGCAUUAGUGUACGGGAGCGUUAUCCAGUCACAGAGGAUAACUAUGGGCUGGCUAUCGAACUGUUGAAGAAAAAAUACGGUAACAAAGCGGAGCUUGUGAGGGUGCUACAAAAACGCUUGGAUAAUGCGAGGCCAGAAAAACCUUCAAUUCAAGGGCAAAGAAAGCUGCUGGAAUACAUGAUUCCACUAAUCAUGCAGCUACAAAAAUUGGAAGUGAACCUAGAUGGUUCAUACAAUACUCAAAAACUGCUAUCAAAGUUUGCGCCUAGAAUCCAACGCAAGGUCCUCGAGGACUUCGUGACGCAAGACAUGUCAGAAAAUGCAUGGAAGAUGCAAAGCAUUGUUGAUGCCUUAGACGCUCACAUCGCGACAGAAGAGCGCAUCAACAGCAUGGUUAAUGACGACCUGAAUGGGGACACAGAACGCAGACAGGGCUUCAAACAGGGAAGCAUGAGCAAAAUAUCUCAUCACCAAAAUUGCAUGUUUUGUGGGUCACCAGAACAUAGAACCGCGAGCUGUUCACGUUACAGCACUAUCGCGGAAAGGCGGAAUUUUUUGCAAGAGCACGGUAUGUGCCUCAAUUGUGGACGCGAAGGUCAUUUCGCAUCAAACUGCACAAAAGAAGGCUGUAGAAACUGCCAAGGGAAAAAGCACUUUCACGCAUUAUGUCCACAAAGACAAACUAUGGUGACACAAACGAAACAUUUUGCGCCCACAACACCAACUCCCUCAUCAUCAGCAACAAAAAUGAUAGGGCCUAAAUCACAACCUACUUCAACAGCGAGGAACAAUCGCAAUUCUCAAACACAGAGAUCCGCACAAGCACACCCAAUCCAGGUUCGCACAACGAAUGAACAGGAAAAGAAUACGGUGCAAACUGAUAACGAUGAUGACUUUACCAUACUACAUCAAACCACGCAAAGAGAAAAUACAAUGGUAAUUCCCGACUCGGAUUUCCGACGCAAAUAUCGUCGCCUGCGUCAAGCGAUUCCGCAGCUGCCAAAACCGACUCAGCUGUACAAGAAGAUUGUCCAGAGUUGUAGACAUCUCCACGACACGACAGCCUCGACAAGGACGUUAUUAUCACGCAUCGAGAACUUACGCAAUUCUCAAGAGGAUUGGAAAGAACGCUUAGCAGAACUUCAGAUCGUCGAGACCUUGAGAGAGAAGACAGUGAUGGAAUUCAUGUUGAUCCGCACGGAACUGAGGACUUUGUUUAGCAUUCCUCCUCUUCUGAUGGCGCUGGACGGAGUCUCUGAGAGUAACUGGCGAGCCAUCAUCUCGCAACCGCAGUACGAUCAUCAAGGAAAUACGAUACUCACGAGGCAAUCCGCAAUCGAGGCCGUCAUCGAAGAUCAACUGAGAGUUCUGGAUGAGGGACAAGCGCAUCUAAACGAGUACCGCAGUCUCUUGCAGAAAGAAGAUCGCAAAGAGUCACAACAAUUCCAGUCGACGGUCCUUACGCUCUUGAACCUUGUACAAGAGACAAUCAAAGAGGGACUCGAGAAAGCUACAGAAGACUCCACGAAAGCCAUAUGGACUGCGGUGCACGAGACAGCAAGCGCAACAAGAGAGAUACUGACAGUGACAUGCAGUGGAACCCAGACUAACUCUGCAUUUCAAGAUUGCGCCGGCGAGGGCAUACGCAUGAGUCAAGGUACCGUGUCUGAGGAAGACAGCAAGAGCCAAAGUUCCGAGGACGUACCGAACGCGCAUGAGAGAGAUGAGACCAGACGAAUUCAGCAAAACGCCGAAUUCAUGGAAGGCGUACAAGAGAUGGACGAGGAGGAGGACCUCGACUCCUCAAAAUCUGGAUGGUCGCAGAGGAAGGAAGCCCGAUGGGAAAUCAGGCAAGAGAUACAACAGAUCGAGGAUGAGAUAGAAAAGCUGGAGGCGGUCGUCUACGAGUUAGACAUGGAACCCACCUGCGACCCCCGCGACUUCGCGAAAGGUCUCAUACGCAAGAAAGAGGACAAGAAACUACCCUGUAGCUUCUGCGGCAGAGUCGGACACCACUACUCCGACUCCUGCGCUUCCUAUACAAACUUUUGGGAUAGGCGAUACAUUGCCAACGCACAGCAACUUUGCACAAUCUGUCCUCACGAGAAUCACGGCCUGCUUCCACUGCGGAAAGUUCACACAUCAUUCGGCGCUGUGCGAAUUGCCGGAGAGGAGCGAGGAGAUCCGUCGCCGCUACGAGGAAGCCACGAGUCAAAGGAGGACUGCAAAGAAGAAAUUGGAGGAACUGAAGCGCCGACUUCAGGAUCUGGAGGAGAAGUGAUCUAA